AUGCAGCUGAAAAACCAGCAACAGACAAUGCCGAACACCAACCUUCGCGCUUACGAUUCGCUCGACCAACCACCGGACGCCCCCGAGCAAAGGCACAAGGCCUUCGUACCCCUCGUUGUAGUGGUUCAGAUUGCCGGCCUUUUGGCUGUCGUCCUCUCUAUCGUUUGGAUGGGUCUUUACGCUGGCGGCUUUGACUGGUCGCAGCCGGAAAUUGUAUUCAACUAUCACCCUGUCUUUAUGGUCCUCGGUCUUGUCUUCUGCUUCGGUGAUGUGAAGGUGGUUCAUGCGAUUCUCAUGCUCCUCAGUCUGUUGUUUGCAGUUGUCGGCCUAAAAGCUGCUUUUGAUUCGCACAAUUUGCGUGGCAUUCCCAACCUAUACAGCAUCCAUAGCUGGAUCGGCAUAAUCGUCACGGUCCUCUUCGGAUUACAGGUAUGCCUUAAUGGAUGUUUGUUAACUGUCUCAUAUUGCUCCGCAAAAGACUCCUUGCCUAACGAGUUCCUACUUAUUACCCUUCUUAUACGCAUCUUGAUUUACAACCUACUGGAACUACGGUAG